ACCAUAUCAGCCACAGCUGAGCCAUCAAACAGGAAAACCCCGUUUUCCCUGGGAUGUCAGAAGUGGCUGCAGGAUCAGAUAUUCGUGGAUUUACCAUGUGUUGAUUACAUCCCUUUCUCAGAGUCUUUCUUUUAAUGGUUGUUUUCCUCUUUCUGUUCUGUUGCAUUUCCUGUCUUGGACCACAGCUGAUAUGGCUUGCUCAGAGAACGCUCAGCUGCAAACAUGUUUGCAGAGCUCCUGCUAUAGUGUCAGCUCUCUCUCAAAGUGCACAAAGGGUAAUAAAACAUUCCCAUUUUCUCAGGAAAAAACAGCCAAAGCGUGGAGCUCACUGAAGAAUCUGGACUAUCCUGGGAUUAAAGAUGACUGCCCUAAAGGUGAGAAGACACCCAAACCCCAGCAAAACAUGAACUUAAAUGUAGGAGGGAAAGUGUUUUACAUUCCAAGAAUGUGUGCAGUUAGAUAUCCUAACACUCGAAUAGGUUCCUUAGCUCUCUGCCGGGACCAGGCAAAACUCCUCACCCUCUGUGAUGACUACUCUGUGUGCAGCAACGAGUUCUUCUUUGACCGGGAUCCUGCCUUCUUUCACCACAUCUGCCAUUUCUAUGCAACCGGAGUGCUUUGGAUCAUAGUGGAAAUGUGUCCCAUCAGCUUUGAGGAAGAAAUUGCAUACUGGGGCCUGAGCCUGAAGGACACACAGCUCUGCUGUUGGAUGGUGUUUCAGGAGAAGGUAGAUGAGUUGAAGGAGAACCUGGAGGUGGAAAGAGAACUAAUGGCUGAGGUCGAGGUAAAGUACAAUGAUGAUUAUUUCAAGGACAUGAUGUUUGGGGACGUUCGGAUGACUAUGUGGAACAUUGUGGAGAAUCCGUACUCGUCAACUCUUGCGAAGACUUUCACUCUGCUCUCUAACCUUUUCGUGCUCUUGUCCAUCGCUUCAAUGUGUCUCAACACUGUGGAAGAACUACAGUCGUACAGAAUCGAUGACAAAACCUACAUGGAGUGGGGAGAGAUCGUCACCAUUGUGUUCUUCACCUUUGAGUAUUUGAUUCGUCUCAUCACCACUCCUGACAUUGUAUUAUUUUUGAAGAGCGGACUUAACUUUGUGGACAUGGUUUCAGUCAUGCCUUAUUUUGUCCAGAUCAUCUUUGAAGCCUUUACUGACUCCGAGGAUGUGAGUGCACAAGAAGACCUCAGGGCCAUGGCCCGGGUCAGUAAGCUCAGCCACGUCCUCAAAAUUGUCAAGUUGCUGCGGAUCUUUCGGAUUUUGAAGCUAGCCCGCCACUCGACCGGCAUGAGGGCCUUUGCAUUUACUCUGCGGAGGUGCUACCAGGAGGCCUAUUGCAUUUUUCUCUUUAUCGCCUUGGGAAUCUUCACAUUCUCUGCUCUUCUGCAUUCAGCAGAAAGGGAAACCGAAGUCUCUCCCAUCAGCAGUAUCCCGUACGCCUGGUGGUGGGCAGCAGUCAGUAUCUCCACUGUGGGCUACGGGGAUGUGGUUCCUGUAACUAUCCUGGGCCGCAUCGUGGCCUUUGGAUGCAUUACUUUUGGGAUAAUCCUCAACGGCAUGCCGAUUUCUUUCCUGUUUAACAAGUUCUCUGAUUACUACAGCAAACUAAAGACCCAAGCUUACAAUUCUACCUCAGUCCAGCGCCGCUUUCAGCUUAAGAAGAGACUCAAGCGUAAAAUGGAUGCAUGGUUCCAUCCCUUUGAAGAAGAUGACACCACAGCCCAAUCCCCAUGCUAAGUGCAUCUCAUACAUGACCACUGUGUACUGUGAACGUGCUGCAGCCUCAAGCUGCCUUCAAAAGUUAAAAUGUGGUGCAAAAAAAUUAAACCUAGCACAUGUGAACGAGGGCAGGAAGAGGAAGUGGAAAGUUUCUUUGUACUGAUGCAAUUUCAGGCCUGGUAGUUUCACAACUACCACAUGCACCACUGUUUCUUUUUCAUUUUGUAUGUAUCUUGUAUGUAAGUAAUUCAUGCGAUUGAAAAGGAACCUGGAUGUCCAACCCAGGUAUUUUAACCUCAGGUGAAUCCAUCGUGAUGCUUAUCUUCCACCUGACACCAGUGAAUUAUAAAUAAUGAAUGCCUGCCAAUGACACCUUCUUUUUUAAGUAUGUGUCACAUGCGACUGCGACAUACCAAACAGGGCUAAAAGGGGUUUCUGGUUACCAUAUAGGUUACACUGUAGAUUUCCCGCUAAAGCAAAAUUGUACUAAGGAAUAACGACCUUGACACGAUGUUUUGGUGAAGGUCAAAUCAAACGUUUCUGAAUAAAAUGUGAGCAGGUUUUGAC